UUUCAUUCUCACCCAGACAGUCGGAACGAAUUCAACAAAAUUUCAGCUCGUUAAACUACGUUGUAAAAAGCGAAAUUUUCUUAAUUUUUUCUUGGUUUUCUUAGCGGAGUACCAGCUAAGAUACGACAUACCAUCGAUCCUGAAAUGGAAACCAUGCGAAACAGAACUGCUGCGCGUGUUAAAUACACUGCUCCACCAAAGGAAACAAAUGAUACCAGGUUCACUGAGGCUGAGAAGAAGACGAUUACCGAGCUGAAGCAGCUCUAUUUGGAGACCAUAAAUCUGGAUGUUGCCCUCCAGCGCGACAUUUACAACAUGGAGAAGAAGUACGAGGACAAGCAUAAUGUCAUUUUCGAGAAGCGCAAGAAGAUUCUAGAUGAAUUUCGGAAACAAAACUGCGGUGAUUCGGAGUCUAAUCAAAGCGUUCCUAAUUUUUGGUUAAAGGUGCUUAAGUACUCGUACACAGAGUUCAUUAGCAAGAAGGAUGAGAAAAUUUUAGAGUGCUUGUGCGACAUUCGCUCUCGUCUCCAUAACGAUCCGGUGGUGAAGUUCGACAUAGAGUUCCAUUUUGACCCCAACGACUACUUCACCAACACCGUGCUGACCAAGACUUACUUCCUUAACUGCCUGCCGGAUCCCGAUGAUCCACUGGCUUACGACGGCGCCGAGAUCUUCAAGUGCGAGGGUUGCGAGAUCAAUUGGAAGGUGUCCAAACAGACCAAGGAGAAGGAGGGCCCAGGCGACCAGCCAUCGUUCUUUGACUUUUUCUCGCCGCCACAACUACCGGACGAUACCGAGGAUCCCAACUACUGCGAUGUCAAUGCCAUACUUCAAAAUGACUUUGAACUCGGAUUUUACCUGAAGGAGCGUGUGAUCCCCAAGGCGGUGAUCUUCUUCACCGGCGAGAUAGCCGAUUGCCAGAGCUCCAGCGAGUCGGAGACUGAGACUGACGAUACCGAGGACGAGUCUGAUGCCGAAGAAGAGUCCUCUAAUGACGCCGACAAGUAAACUCGUUUCCGGUUCUCAA